ACCCGCUGCUCGGCCCGCGGGAUCGCGGCUAUUUUUAGCAGCGGAGUCAGGUUUCCAUUUUGAAGGGUUAUAAACAAAAGAGCGGACGGGACGAUGCGCAGAGAGAGAGAGGUUUCCAGAGCUCCCCGGUGGAGAGGCAGGCAGGCAAGGAAAAAGUCUCCCGGCCUCCCUGCGCUGUCCUUUGGGGCGCCUCCGGGAUCGCCUCUUGCAUCGAGCUCGCCCUGCGCGCCGCUCUCUCCAGGGCUUCUCUCCAGGGCUUCGCCAUCUGCUGCUGCUCCGCCGGCUUCCCGGAUCCCUUAAGCGGCGAGGGAUGGGCUUUGCCUGACUUGGCCGCGGCGGUGCCUCUCCGCCUGGGAUGGUGCGAGAGAUGGUCAAUGCAUGGUUUUCUGAGAGAGUUCAUCCCAUACCAGUGUGCAAAGAGGGGGCCAAGCAGCACGGUGAAGCCUGUUCUUGUCCCAGCCACCAGGCCGCACGGGCAGAGAGCACUAAUCCCACACCCCCAACCAGGAAGAUCUCUGCUUCUGAGUUUGACAGGCCCCUUAGGCCUAUUGUUGUCAAGGAUUGUGUUGGAACCGUGAGUUUCUUGUCGGACUCCGAAAAGAAGGAGCAGAUGCCUCUCCAACCUCGGACGCUUGGGAGCGAUGCAGGGGAUCAGUGCUCAAGGCUCUUAGAAUUGGUGAAGGACAUUUCCAGUCACUUGGAUGUCACAGCCCUUUGCCACAAAAUUUUCUUGCACAUCCACGAACUCAUUGCCGCCGACCGCUACUCCCUCUUUCUGGUGUGUGAAGACAGUUCCAAUGAGAAGUUUCUCAUCAGCAGGCUCUUUGACGUUGCUGAAGGUUCCACCUUGGAAGAAGCUUCAAACAAUGGCAUCCGUCUGGAGUGGAACAAAGGCAUAGUGGGACACGUGGCAGCUUUGGGGCAGCCUUUGAACAUCAAAGAUGCCUAUGAGGAUCCCCGAUUUAAUGCAGAAGUGGACCAACUCACAGGCUACAGGACGCAGAGCAUCCUCUGUAUGCCAAUAAAGAACCAUAGAGAAGAGGUGGUUGGUGUGGCACAAGCAAUCAACAAGAAGUCUGGUGGUGGAGGAAUAUUCACUGAGCAAGAUGAGAAGGAUUUUGCUGCAUACCUGGCUUUUUGUGGAAUUGUUCUUCACAAUGCUCAGCUGUAUGAGACAUCCCUGCUGGAAAACAGACGCAACCAGGUUCUCCUCGAUCUUGCCAGCUUAAUAUUUGAAGAGCAGCAAUCUUUAGAAGUGAUUUUGAAGAAGAUAGCUGCCACCAUAAUCACCUUUAUGCAGGUGCAGAAGUGCACCAUUUUCAUAGUGGACGAAGACAGCUCGGAUCCAUUUUCCAGCGUCUUUCACAUGGAAUCAGAGGAAUUAGAAAAUUCAAGUGAGACCCACAAAAGAAACUAUGAUACAAACCAGAUUAAUUAUAUGUAUGCUCAAUACGUGAAGAAUACCAUGGAGCCUCUUAACAUUUCAGAUAUUCGCCAAGACAAAAGAUUUCCUUGGACAAAUGAAAAUGCAGAUAGUAAAAACCAGAAUAUAGAAAGUUUGCUAUGCACGCCAAUUAAAAACGGAAAGAAGAAUAAAGUAAUAGGAGUCUGUCAACUUGCAAAUAAGAUGGAAGAAAAUUCAGGCAAAAUAAAGGCUUUCAACAGAAAUGACGAGCAGUUUCUGGAAGCUUUUGUCAUCUUCUGUGGCUUGGGUAUCCAGAACACACAGAUGUAUGAAACUGUGGAAAGAGCUAUGGCAAAGCAGAUGGUGACAUUAGAGGUCCUUUCUUAUCAUGCUUCAGCUGCUGAAGAAGAAACAAGGGAACUUCAGGUAACAGCGGCUGCUGUUGUACCAUCUGCGCAAUCUCUCAAGCUCACCGACUUCUACUUCAGUGACUUUGAGCUGUCAGAUAUGGAAACCUCCCUGUGUACAAUUCGGAUGUUCACUGAUCUUAACCUUGUUCAGAAUUUCCAAAUGAAACACGAGGUCCUGUGCAGAUGGAUUUUGAGCGUGAGGAAAAAUUACCGGAAAAACGUUGCGUAUCAUAAUUGGAGGCAUGCUUUCAACACUGCCCAGUGCAUGUUUGCUGCUUUGAAGUCGGGGAAAAUCCAGAGCAAGCUUACGGACGUUGAGGUGCUUUCUUUGCUGAUCGCGGCACUGAGCCAUGACCUGGACCACAGAGGUGUGAACAACUCUUACAUACAGAGAAGUGAACAUCCCCUUGCCCAGCUGUAUUGCCACUCAAUCAUGGAGCAUCACCAUUUUGAUCAGUGCCUGAUGAUCCUGAAUACCCCGGGCAACCAGAUUCUCAGCGGCCUUUCUGUUGAGGAAUACAAGGCUACCGUGAAAAUGAUCAAACAAGCUAUUCUGGCCACAGAUCUUGCCCUGUACAUUAAGAGAAGAGGAGAGUUUUUUGACCUUCUGAGAAAGAAACAGUUUAACCUGGAAGACCCUUAUCAAAAGGAGCUAUUUUUGGCAAUGCUGAUGACUGCAUGUGAUUUGUCAGCAAUAACAAAGCCGUGGCCUGUUCAGCAACGGAUAGCUGAACUUGUAGCUACAGAAUUCUUUGACCAAGGUGAUAAGGAGAGAAAAGAACUCAAUAUAGAACCAACAGAUUUAAUGAACCGUGAAAAGAAAAACAAAAUCCCCAGCAUGCAAGUUGGAUUCAUUGAUGCCAUCUGCUUGCAGCUCUAUGAGGCGAUGACACACGUCUCAGAAGCCUGCUAUCCUUUGCUGGAGGGCUGCAGAAAGAACAGGCAGAAAUGGCAGGCAUUAGCCGAACAGCAAGAAAUGAACCUGAUCAAUGGAGAAAGCAAUCAGCCCAAACGGAACUGAGAUAGCACUUCGUUAGGAAUGCUGGUUUUCAAGGAAGCUAUUUAUAUAUAGUGAUUUGGAGAUACUUAAAUGUUUUGCUAGACACUGUACGAAAUAGGUGUAUAAUUUGCCACUGCUGUAUUUUAAAAGAACAAGGAGACAUAUAUUUUUGCACAGCAUUCGGAAGCGUAACAUAAACGUUUUUGUGUAUGAUGUAUCAUAGUUGUAUAUUUCCAAUAUUCCGUUUAUUUGAGGGAGAACGAGGUCUGCACUUAGCAGGUCCAGUUUGCUCUGCUCAGCUUUAUAAGACGGUACAGAAGAGGAGAGUUUCUAGGACUGCUGUUCUCAGUUGUACAUAGUUAGUGUUAGUUUCAGUCAAUGGCCAGUACUUUAAAACGAUUACCAUA